AUGGACAAAGAAACUAAUGAUAUGUGUGUUGAUAAUGAACUUAAAUCAGCAACCGAAGUUCUUGAUGAUUACAUUGAUUAUACUGAUCAACUAAUACAAAGUAACCUUAAUUUCCUUAUUUCUUAUAUUUUAUCACCUUUCCUCAAUAUAGCUAUUUACAAUUUGGGUUCCGAGGUGGUUCAAAGCUUAACCGAAUUACACAUUCUAGACGAACAGCUAGAAAAGUUACGUGCAAUUUAUAAAGAAUGUCAAGAAAAAUACUUUGAAAUAUUAGAGGAAUCCGAUCAAAGUGACGAAGAAGAAAAAAUUGUUAGCUACUGGAAAGAUAAAACAGAGAAGGCCUAUGAUGAUGCCCUGCACAAACAGGACGAAAAAAUUGCGGUCGCAGAUAAACUGUAUAGCCUGAUCUCUAGACACCUUGAAAGGCUAGAUGACGAACUAGCCCGUAACAAUAUAAAUUUAGAUCGUGACGAUGAUUUUAGUGAUAUGGAAUUCGAUCCAAACGAACCUUUAUAUUGUUUCUGCAGACGGCAAGAAUUUGGUAAUAUGAUCCAAUGCGAUCAUCCUAGAUGUGAGAAUGCGUGGUAUCACUGGGAUUGUGUAGGUCUUACACAACAACCGUCAGGACAAUGGUUUUGUCCUGAUUGUGAGUUCAGACCUUAUGAGCCUAUUCCUAUUAACGAUUUAAUGAUUGAAGGUUUUGCCAUGUAUUCAUAUCCUGAUCAAGGUCUUGAUGAUUUCACACUUAGUAACCCUCCAUUUCAUUG